GCUCCUCCACCGCCUUGCCACCCCAAUCGCCUCUUUAUCGCUUGCAAGCGUCUCUUUCUUCCGCAACAAUGGCACCCAUCUACUACCAGCCCGCUCUAUCCAACUCCAUGCAGCUUUGUACUCAAGAUAUUGAGGCCUCAGACGAGAAACGGCCUCAUCAGUGCUCGCAAGAGCACCAGCUCUCGGGCGCUCCCUGCGACUGCGCAACGGCGGGAUCACAUAGAUCAUGUCAUAAGGCUCGCCUGCGCCGUUUUCUGCUUCCCGUUGCCAUCUCCCUUUUCGUCGUCGGAGGGCUGCUCGUGUUGUCAUGUGUAUCGGAAAUGGAUUUCAUGGAUCUGCUUCUGGGCGGAGACGGCGUUGUCCUGGGCAAGCGACAGACGUCGUCGAGCGGACAGCAGUCGAGCUUUACGAGCAAGAAGUUAUACCUCAUCAUCGUCUUCGUUGGGCUUUUCUUGGUCUUGAUCGCUGCUAUUAUGCUGAGUGCCUGGUGCUGUCGAGGUUAUCGCAUCCUCAUAAAUGGUGCCAAGGUGCAUUCAACAACCCGUUAUGUUGCCCGUGCUACCUCUGCGCGUGUUGCGGCGGUCUGGCUUGUCUCGAGUGCAUCGGGUGUGGUCUCUGCGCCGCAGGUAUCGACGAAGCGGUCUAGCUUUCUCCUGCACGAUCACGGCUUCGAACUAUGGACUUCUCAAUCUUACGAAAUCUAUCUUGUAACCAACGGACAUCUACAUACCCCUUUCAUUGGUCAUAUUUUGUUCAACUAUUGUUCUUUGUUGUGUUCUCAUCGUAUCUGAUUGUUGACGGAUCUUACCGUCGGUAUCUCGCAGAAAUGGUGUUCUUGACUCCCGCCAGGUGAACUCGUAUAAACCCUGUGACGUUGUUUCUUGGCUCAGGCUCCAAGGCCGGAGGGGGGCGAAGGCCGAGCCCUUAUUUCUUGAUGACCGUCAUUCUCGCAUCGACUGUACCUUUUACAUGAGAACACCGAUCAAGGGGACGAUGAAGCCAAGCCUUUCUCAAGGAGCAUGGAUCAGUUGAAGACGUUACCAAUUGGAGUCGUUCAUAUUACACGAUACUACUUGGAGCAUUUGAUCGUAUGGGACCCG